AUGGGCAGUAAGACUUGGGACUGGGAUGAUCUUACACCUCAAAUUACACCGAGAUCAGUCAUUUUCGGAGACUUCAACGUCGACUUUGACCAAGAUAAAAAUAAAGCCGGCCACCUCCUCAAGUGGGCAGAUCAAGUUGGACUGGCUCCUUAUGUUACCGAUGCUUGUACAUCCCGUCGUUCAAAGCGCAAAAUCGACUACGCUUUUUCAUCGGGUAUACAAGUGACAGUGGACACAUACGAAGGUUCAACAAGAAGUGACCACAAACCAGUGAUUGGCUUCAUAUCCUGUGAAUACAACGAAACAGAAUAUGCUUCAAAAACGUCAUGGAAGGCUUUCGAUAUGUUUCUAUCUUACGCAUAUGGACUAUGGGAACUCCACUGGUCCACGAACGAUAUGAAUGAUACUUAUGAUGCGUUUAUUCAAUGGUUAGUUGCGGUGAAGGCGCAAUGUUCGAAGUCUAUACUGAAGAAAAAAGCCAGAUUAUCAAUCCCGAAGGAUAUUCAAGAAAUGCUGAUGCAAUGCCGAGAUCUGGCGUGUAAAGCAAGUCGAAAAGGAGAAUACGUCAGUGAAUAUCCUUUAAAAGACGUCUUUUCAAAAAUGUCCUCGGGUUUUUUUCCUUCAGAAAAAUGUCUUCCGGAAUUUUGUUAUUUAAAAGGUGUCUUUGAAAAUUCCAGAAUAGACACAGUUGGUCUUUAUAAAUGGAAACCAUCGACUCGAUAUUCAUUGAUGAUACGUCGUCGUCUUCGCCAUCGUUUUUACGAAGAUCUUCUUCAUCUUCAUCUUCAUCUUCAUCUACUUCACCAUCACUCUUACGAACAUCUUCGUCUUCUUCUUUAUCUACUUCGUCUUCAUCUACAUCACCUAAAGCCCUCAAUUACAAAAACAACAUCAAAUAAACGAAAAUUGAUGUUAUGUAUCGAAGGAUAUCAAUAUCAAUUCAAAGAUUUCCAUAAAAAUAAAACUAUCAAAUUUUGGCGUUGUGCAAAGCGAGAUUGCGGCGUACUUUUACACACCCAUCUGAAUGAUGAAUUUAGAUGUUUUUCUGGAAAGAAGGUUAACCAUACGCAUUUGCCAAACAAAUACACAGUGGAAUGCCGCCUCGAACAAAAAGAUCUCAAACUAGAACUGCUCAGCAACGUAUGA